AUGGUAAACUACGUAUCGAAGCGAAUCAACGUCAAGGUCAACUGUAUGUUCAUCAACUGCCCCAAGCAUGAUUUUAAGCAUCCGCUGGACAGAAUGGGUGGUGUUCGUGUCAUCCUGAAUUCUGAGAAGCCGGAUCCGUUUGAAAUGGACGCAGGUGCCGCGGCACCAGCCUCGUGGACAUCGCCUCCAUCAGGACCAGGCGAUCCACUUUACCUGCCGUUGAGAAAGUUUGACGAAUCAAAGGACCUGCAAAGCAGUCCUCGAGCUGCUAAUGCCGUUGGCAUUGGCGAUUCCAGCUAG